AGGAGCCAGGAAAUUUGAUUUCCCCUCUUCAUUUUUCUCCAGGUUUGUGUAAAUCACUGUUGUUUGCAAAGUGUUUCAAGUUCUUCACAUUGCUUUAAGAGAACAGUGCAGUGCUAUUAUGCAAGUGUUUGCAGCUCUUGGUAAUUGGAAACAGAGUUUGGUUUAUUGUCAUACACAGCAUUUCCCUAAAUCAGGAGGCAAAAAUAUCCAAGGUAGAAUUCAGGAAAACCUGGAAAUACACAGCCCUUUCUCUGCUAAAUUGAGCAUAGUCCAUUCUUCUGAAUUUGCUCUUUUGCUUUCCCUGCAGUUCUCUUGUGCCUUUCUGAUGUGAAAGAUGGAGAAUGCCUGCCAGCAAGGACUGAGAAGUUCUGAAUCAAAGAACUGCUUUUUAUAAAGCCACACUUGGAGACCAGUCUGAUACCAAAGCUGCUGUUCUUGAAGGUAUGCAGAAAGAGCUCGUAACACACUAAAACCUAAAUGUUGUUUCCUGUUUUGAUGCCAAAACGGCACAAAGUAACUGUUCAGAGACUAAUUUUGUCUUUAAGCAGCAAAGGUAUUUAUUUCAUGCAACGUUGGGGAGCUACCCGAUUCACACCGGACCAACUAGCUCCAAAGUUUUCAGUGAAAAGUUAGGUGAUUUAUACAGUUUUCAUGAGAGGUUACAACAUCUUUUACAUACAUAUUCAUUUGAUUUUGACACCAAGUCAUUCCAUUCAUAAUAGGUGGGAUCGAGGUGGAAUAGACGUUUCAAUUUUCUUUGUUAAACGAUUUCCUGACUGAAUGGUCUCCUUAUCUCCUUCAGGUGCCCACCUUAUCUUUUCUAAUUAUUCAGAGCACAUUCCUUUAACAUUGUCAGUGGAACCUUUUCUAAUUAUUCAGAGUACAUUCCUUUCUCAACACAAACAGAGCAUCACCCAGAGCAUUGUACCAAACCCAUCCUGACAAAUCCUUUUUUUUUUUAAGACCUUGUUCUGUUUCAGUUUUGGUCUGAACAAUUAGCCAAAAAUUCUGGGUUGUGGGGUUUGUUGCAGUUUAAGAGAGGAACAAGAGAUGAUACCAAAUAUUUCUGUCCUGCAGUCCUGGUCACAGCUGUUUCCCUAGAAGAGAGGGAGUCCUGGAGGUUUUGUGUUUUAAUGGUAAAACAUAUAAGCCAUCCACUUCCCUUCAUCUCUUGCCCAUGUUCUGCAAGAAACAUUGCAGAAUCUGUUCUUCCCUCUGCUGUUAUUUCUAUUCUUUUAUAGUUUUCUGUCCCUUUUUCCUACCUGCCAGUUUUCUUUUUGCAUUCCCCAGAUUCUCAUCUUUCUGCUCUCUUGCCUUGUUCUUUCUCUCCAAAAUCUUUUGACACCCAGGCUUAUCAUAAUUUUUCAGAAAUCUUAAUUUGCUUCAGUUCACAACUUUCUUUGCAUGGUAGGGGCUCCAGCAAUUCCUUCUGUUCACUGUAUCUCUCUCCAGCACUCUGGUGACCUGCAGCUUCUUGGAGAAAUCUUUACAGGGAAGGCCUUGCUCAGCCUCAGUGACUCCAGGGUGGAUGGGCCUAAUGAUGCAAGAGGUGGUGGAAAAAGGAGUGUGCUGGGAGGAAUGCCAGCACACUGGACAAUACAGCUGUCAAACUAAGUCUCUCCUGAGCAUGUAUAAACUGAUUUUUGGAGGGGCUCAGAGCUGUAUUGUGUUUGGAAGAACAUAAUGAGAACAGCCAAAGACACAACAUUGUCCCAGGGUUAUAUGUAUGGCUCGAGUUCAGAUUCCUGCAUCAAAGCACAGAAAUGCUAGAGCUUUUCAGCAAUAGUGUAUGACUGAUUAUUUGUAUUAUUUUCCAUACAAAAAAUAUUUCUUAACAUUGGUCUUGGAAAUGACUGAUUUAUUUUUUUUAUUGAACCUUUCUGAAAAAAUAUCCAUGUGAAACAAAUGUGGCAAAGGAAAUUUCAGCUUGAAAGUUCCAGCAUAGCAAGGCUUCAUUGUGGAAAAUGUGAGGAAAUCUUAAUAUAGGAUAUUGGUGCCUCCACCUUUGAUAAUAAUUUGAAAACUGAACAUUAAAAUACUGACAGUUUAACGGAGAGUAAUGAGCCAUCACUUGUCAAAAAUAAUAUUGUAGGAAAAGGUCAGCUGUUUGGGAAAGCAAGUGCCUGUGGAUUGACAAGGUUAAUCAUAAAAAUAAGUCUAUUGCUGCCAAAUUGUCUGUUGCUGGGUAACCCGCAGCUGAAGGAAAGUAUGUUUGCUUAAUGGAAGGAAUUUAAUGAUUUACCAUCUGUGUGAAGUUUUCUUCAGUGAAGCAUGUAAGACUAAAAUACAUGUUGCGCAGACAAGAAGCAACCAGCUUUGUUGGUGGACAGGGUAUGAUCAAGACAUGAAGCUCAGUGCAGUUACCUGCACAUAGGUAGGUGCCUUUGGCUGACUGGGAAACCUUAGCCUACCCGAUUGGUUCUUCUGAUGCUGGUCUAGAAGGAGCAGGUAUCGUAAUUGUGUCAUAUUGGCCAGCCCCGUGAAAAUGUCACGCAUAUCACAAAGCAUUUAAAACAGUGCUAGAAGGCCAUCUAUGAACUGACACAAGUCUUUAAAAUUACACUGAGCUACAGAUUAAGAGACCUUCACCACAUGUGUCUACAGGUGGAGCAAAUGUCUAAGCUCCCAUUAUAGAAGGCAGACCCUGGGGAGCAAUUAAGCUGAUGAGCCACUACAGACAUUGUUCAGUUGCCUAAACAUGGGUGUCUAGAACCAUUUGAGGUUCAUAGGGCAUAUGAGAUAUCUGUGGCAGCUGGCAGGUAUGACAGAUACAAGGGGAAAAUGAGCCCUUCUGGAAGACCAUCUGUAGACCAGGCAAGAUAAAUCAGGGCAUCUCAGAUGGGUCAACACCUUUAGUUAGACAAUGCAGUCUACCUGCUACAUUUGGUCAGCUAAUCCCUCUCUAGACUCCAUUGAUAAUAUUGGCUACAAGCUCAAUUCAGUUGGCUGAACAUGAAUAACAGUAAAAAGCUUCUUUAUUUAGUUUUGGUGUAUUCCUUAAUGGACUUAAAAUAACCUCAAAUAAAACAUCCACACCAGAUCAAAUAAACUACACAUGAUUUUUUUAUGGAAAAGUUUCUUCACAGGCACAAGAAUUGAAAACCAACCUGAAAGCAUGAUAAACUGAACUCAAUGGCUAGGGCACCUCACUCAAAAUGGAGAACGUUCUGCUUCUUUUGACUGGAUAUUACUUGAUCGUUUAGCUGGUUCUUGACAUGUUUUUUGCAUGUGGCAGUCCUUUUUUGCUGUUUGGAGGCCUUUUGGUGUCAUCUGGUCACGCCCUAUUGUAAAUUUCUCUUACCCUCCAAAACUGGGUGGCUAGAUCCCAGUUGCCAUUUGGAAGUUAUCUAUCCAUCUCUGUCUCUGCCAGGCUACACCAACAAAUUAAACAGUGACAGACACCUGCACAAGGCAGCAGAACUCAAUCCAUCUAUACUGUCAACAAAGUACUGGCCUGGCUUGGAUCCAGGCAAACUAAAACUUUCCUAAGAGAUUUCCAUACGGAGUUCAGGAGUUAACAUGGGCCAAGGAUAAUUUCCCAAGACAGAGAAACAGAGGGAAUGACCAGAGAAACUACUUUAGAUGACUCCCUUCCAAAUGUACCUUUGUAACUUCCUGAGAAGCUUCUGUCUGCAAAUUUAGUCCACUAAUCACUAAAGUCAUCAGCAAGAGAGACUAAAUUGGUACAUGAAGAGGAAGAAACCUCAGUUAGGAUUUCUGUUAUGGGCUGCCAAAAGGAUAUUUCAUUUGACUACAUAAAAAGAUAUUUUUUCUGACUAUAACAUAUGAAUAACUUCUUUUUGUUUGUUUGUUUCAGAAGAUUUCUUUAAAAAUCCCUCCAAAACCUGAACUAUAUGCUGAUCAGAUGCAGCUUAUGGAAUUAUAGUCACCUUGGUUACUUUUCUGCAAUUGGGAGGGGUGUCUCAAUUGAAAACAAACUACAUAAAUGGUUUUUCAGCUGUUUUUCAACGUUGGUAUAUAUUCUGCAGCUGCUUUAUAAUCAUAGCAAAAAUCAACUAUAUUAUUCAUGCUGUCAGGAUUUAAAAUUAUGGAAAAUUAGGGAAAAGAAGCCAAAGCUUUUCAUAUUUGCAACCUUUUCCUCAGCUAAACACAUCAGGUCCCUCCUAGCCUAUUUUUGUAUGUUCCUUCCACCUUAGAUCAUUCCAUCCUAAAAUAGUUAGGUUACUUUUAAUAAUGGAAAAACACUGGGGCAUUUUAUGUGAUAAAAAAUUUCUCUCCAUAGUUGAUUUCCCUCCGCACAUUGCAGAGUACCAAGUCUAGCUUCAAGCAAACUCCGUUAAUGCAAAUACAAAAUAGUCUUUUUUUCCCCAUCAUUUUGUUUUGAAUAAGUGACAAUUACACAGCAUGUUAGAUGUGAUUGAGGCAUUCACCGAGUGGCAUGGACUUGUCAUUAGAGUAGGAUGAUUACUAAGGUGACUUAUCAGUCAAAAGGCAUUACAUUUGCCAUGGCUAUGUUGUAGUUAAGCCCAGAUGAGGCCCACAAGCAAGCAUUGCUCUGACAAAUAUAGUUCAUAUAAUGCUCAAUUGAAAGAGUUUUCCAAGGAGAGGGAGUAGGAAGAAACUUAUUUGGCACACAUGAUUUCUCUAAACUGUCCCAAGCCACUAGCUGGUGAUUCCGCAGACACCAACCUGUGACCUGCUAUAGGAAGACACUUCAUUCUUUUCCUGGCAGACAAAAACAGCAUUUGUUUUUUUUCCAGAACAUCAUUUGCUGUGCCUGCAUUUAGCACAUAUUCCAGAAGUGGAAAGGUUCACACUGACAGACUUCUCCCUAGCUAAAGUUACUUGAGUAGUUGUGGUUUACUCAGAAACAAAACAAACCAUAUAUGUAUUAAGACAGGCUUCUCAAAAGAUAUUACAAAGGAGAGAUCUCAUUUUAGAGAUAAAAAAAAAAAAACAACACAAAGGACUCUCUUGCCUAAACAGAAAGCUGGAACACAGUCCUAGUGUCCCAGGUGCCAUCUCAGUGCUGUAUCAAUGGGAACCCAAAAGACAGUUAAUGUUAUUUAUUGCUGUGACAAUUCUGCAGCCCAUGCUAUCUCCUUGCACCAGUUCCCUUGUCUACUAUUAUAGUACUUGAAACCUUAUGCCAUCUCUCUAGUGCAAAAGAGAAAUUCUACGUACUGCUGCUCAUUAAAAAAGAAAUCAUUCCCCUCUUUCUAAGGUUAAGUAUAGUUUCCAGGCAGAGCCUGACAGCAAAACUUACUCAGCCUACCUGAAAAUCCAAACUGGGCUCAAUUUUCAGAAAUCUGUAUUCAUGCCUUAUCUGUAUUUCUUUGUAGAAUUUUUGAGAACAGAAGUCCAGUUCAUGCCCCAGAGGGAGCUGCAUUCCCUAAUAGAUGAUAUGAGUCUGUACAUCUCAGAUAAGUCUCUUAAGUUCACAAAGUGCUCUGAGAUUUCAAAAUACAGCUAUUAUGGAAAUAGCCAUUGUUAUUAUUGUUUUUAAUAGCUGCUGACAAUCGUGAAUAUUUUGAGGGUAAGUGCCAAGUUAGAAGCUGUGUUUCUGAAUAGAGCUUUUCAAAUACACAAGGACUCUUAUUAUGUUUUGGGUAAUUUCGUGAGAAGCUUUAUAUUGGUGUGUCUGGACUAUCAUCCAAGAAACAUCUGGUGGAAGGGAUCAGACCGACAGAACAAAGACUGGCAGUCAUACUUACAUGUCCCCUUGUGGAGGCAGUUUAUGGUUUUGGUUGUGCUAAAGAUAUUGUACACUUUGUCUUUGCAGGGCUUUAUUGAAUUUACUUGAGCUGUCUGAAACUCAGUGUUUCCAUUUCAUGGCAAAUGUCGAAGUUUCACUGUAUAUUUUCAUUUCCAGUAUGAGCAAAACCACAAGUAUAAAAAAUUUCCUGUCCCUUUAGAAAAGUGCUGCUUUAAAGAAACAUAUAUUUAAUGUUAUGUUAUAUGUUAUAGAAAACUUUACUUCAGAAUGAAAUUGUUACUUCAAAGCUUAUUUUGGAUUCUUUUUAUCUAUGUACUAGUUCAUCAUCUCCUGACAUAACAGUUCUAGUGGUCCAGGAUAUGGCACAUCUCAUCACUCUCUAUCCUGUCAGGAUAUGGUCCAGGUAACGAUGUUAUUACUGGGCAACCAAGUGAGCAGUUUCCAGGGGACGGGAUUAAACUACAGUUACCUAAUUUUAGCUACUUUCUUUGUGUAGUGACUACGCUGGAGCUGGUGGCCAAAUUCCUGGUUUGGAGAGGGAUUUCCUACAGCAAACAGAGCCUGGAUUGUAGUCCAAGUCACUCUAAAGUAGAUACCUACAUUUAGGCAGGUGAAUUACUUUCCAGUCUCUAUUGCUUCUGUUGACUAGUUCUCCAGUAAGUACAAUGGGACAGCCUGGAUUGUGUGGUAGACAUGCACAUUUAGGUUUGAAUUUGGUGCUGAAUUUCAUGCUGUCCUGUUCACCAGUGGGAUGAGGGCUUGCUGAGGACAAAGUAAUAGCAAUAAUUUGAAGUGGCAUGUCCAUUCCGUUAUUGUUUUGGAAUAUACCUGAGACCAUUUUGAACCUGUCACCCAGAACACGUAACCAGAUCAGGGCACAUCGAAGGCCAUCUUGUCACCGAAAAACUUAGUAUAUUUUAAAGCUGUUAAUAUCAAAUCCUGCUGAGGCAAAGCCCUGUAGUUAAUGCAAGACAACUCCAAGCCACCUGCGUUUACCUGAACCUGUCUCCACUAGGAUCUUGUGUUGACUGAGCUGUUUGAUUUAGCAAUCAGAUAUAAAAACAACAUUUUUGAAGCUUGUCUAAUGAAGAUGCUUGGAGAGAAAUUCUUCUGACCACAUGUCAAUGUCUGAAUCUGAGAAAAUUACCUCAGGCUCCCUUUAUUGUCAAUGGGAAGAAACAGGCAUUUAGAGUAUGAGUCAUCUGACCUAUUUUAGAUGUCCAUUUUGGAGUGAUGAGUUACAGAUGAAAUGCUGACUUCUCUCCAUUGAGUACCAGAGAAGCAGAGGGUAAUUAACUUAGAUGUAGAUGUCUAACAGGAUUACAUGAACUCAUCCCAUCCUCACUUCAGAGUACAAUGAGGAUAUGCUUCACCUUAUCAGCAGCAAAUAGUUUUACCAACAUCAUGGCUGAUAUGGGAUCUGUCCCGAAACUAAUCUGCAUGGAGAUGAGAACAGCAACUAGAACUGGAGCUCCAUUUUCAUUUGAGAAUGAUUCACAGCCCACUGAGGUCAAGGGGAAUCUUUCCACUGGCUUCAGCAGGCUUUGCAAACCCUGGGAUUUCGGCAUACAUUAAUUUAGCAGCUGGGUGCCACAAUUUAAGAUAACAUCAUUCUUCUGUUUUUUAUUAUUAAUGUUUUGCCAAAGGUUGCCACUCUUGCAGCAGUGCUGGCAGAACAAAGUGAGUCAUAGACUAAUAUGGGGGCUCACUCAGUUGUAAGUGCUGUGUAUAUGCUGUCCUGUUAGUAUACGUUAGCACAAGAAUCCCUUCCCUUGGUGCCUGAGUCUCCUCUGGCUUGGUUGAUCUCCACAGUCUUCAUUAUCACAGCAACCAAUACUUAUUCCCUUUGUCCAUCUGAUCCAAGGCUGCCACUGGUCUGUGGUUUACAAAGAACAGCUUCCCCAUCCAAUCUGGGUGUUAACCUCCUUCCUCAAAGAGCCACAGCAGUCUGAUCAGCUGGCCCACCAGAGACAGGAGUAAGUGAAGGAGUCUAUUUUAAACUGAUUAUAUAGGUUCCUGUUAUGAUCUAUGAAGGGCAGGUUACCUCCAGCUGAAGGGAGGUGGGAUGAUGUUUCAUGUGGAGGGUUCCUGUCUCUGACUGUGCUGUAAUGGGUACCUGUGGGUAACUAACAUUUACAGGACUGUAACCAGAAUGUGAAUCUGUCAAUAACUGUUUCCAUGACAUACAAUCUCUAUCCUUACACCAUUUGACCAUCUUGAAGCCUAUAUCUCGCUAGCAGGUCUGGUGGAUUAAACAACCUACCUCUGGUGAUGAGGGGACUGAAAGUACCUUUGGUAAGAAUUCAAGGUAGACAAAACUUUUGGGAUAAAACUGCAUGUUCUUCCUCCCUCCCAGACAGGCAGAGGUGUUGCUUAUUUAAGGGAGAACUGAUAAGAGGAGAUACAUUAUUGAACUGUAUUACUGAAGUUUGAAACUUCAUUAAUUAACAGUAACUAACACGAAAGGACAUUAUAGCUUUUGGGGCAAGUGAGGACUUUGGAGAGAAAACAUGAGGGUUUAAGGAUUUGUCUUAUUUUUGUGGCAUUGUGGGUGCUUUUGCAAUACUUAUACUUUUACUCACCCCACUGCUACAAUGUUCCUUUUCAGUUUCUGGGAGAGAUUACUCUUUUGUGCCUAGAGAAUACCUCAGAGGACAUACUAUUGCCUUACGAGCUUUACAGGUACCAACAAAGUAGCAAACUCAUGUUCCCCCAUAUAUCCAGGUCAGUAUGAUAGGACUUAGUCAAACUAGGAUCAUUCAAGUACUGAUAACAUCAUUGUCCUAAUUGUAUUUCUACAGGAAAAAACUGGUAAUUUAAAAACUUUGCGAAAAUAAUAUUAAAGUUGGGUGGCUAAAAUACUUUUUCAUUUUAAAUAGCAAGCAGGAUUCAUGGCUGUUGCAUGGUCUGAGGAAUUUCAGAUUUUAGUAGUAAUGGAAACAAGGAGAAUAUACGCAAAGUUUAAAGCCUUAACUCAAUAUCUGAGACACCUGGGUUCCAGUUCAUCCUUCCUUAUAGGUUUCUUGUGUUGCCUGGAUUAAGUCUGUCAGGACAGGAUUUAAUUCAAGCAAAUCCAACCACCACAAACCAAAUGGUUUGCUUAAGACACCUCUCUGUGCUCCCUGUAAUGUCAAAACGCACUUCCAAAUGGCAACCGGUCUCAUUCAGAUAAGGUGCAUAAUUUCUCCACCAAGAACGCCUGUCUUUCACCAUCGACUCUAGAAGUCUGGAUGACCAGUCUAAACUAGAUUUGAAAUUUCUAAAUGGUUUUGUUUAGCUGAAAUAGAUUUUUUUCUAAUAUUAGGAUAAUAAAAUCCACUAAAGUACAUGUGACAGUUUUUAAUAUAUUCAGUUACAAGCUGAUAAAUAAGUUUUGCUUCUAAUGUUAGGGUUAUAAAAUCCAUUUAAGUACAUGACAGACAAAUAUUUUAAUAUAUCCAGUUACAGGCAAAAAUAGAUUAAUAUUAUCCUGUCAACUCCACGCAUUAAAAUGGUCACAAGUCAGUAACACGGAAAUGAUAAGUAAAAAAAAGCUUCAUAAUUAUGGUUCUUUAUUUACCUCAUCGUUUUUGUGUCUGCUGUAUUCAGGCUGCCAGAGUUUUUCUAAAUAACUGUAAUGGAUAAAGAUGGCCUAGAAUUUUUCCUUCUGAAUGAAUACAGAGAUUCUCUCCUAAUGAGGAGGUGGAGCCUGCAAACAAACAAACAAACAAACAUGUUUGCAAUACAGACUGAAUAGAAAAUGCUCUUGGGGAAGGAUUAUCCAAAUGACAAGCAUCUCUACUUCCAGAUAAGCCCAAGUGGGUCAUGGGGCUUUGCCCCCAUGCACUGAUGUGAGUUCAACAAGACCACAUCAACAAGCCCCUUUGGCUCCCAGGCUCUGUGCUUAUGUGAGUAAAACAAGCCAUUAGCUGUGCUCUGAGCAGCAGGGCAGGUGGCGUAGCACAGCUUGGAUCUACCUGCCUAAACCUUCUUGCAUCCCAACACAGGAGGGAAACUGCCCACCAGGAAUGGUCCCUGGCAUACUGAUAGCCUUUGAAUCAUGUCCAGACAUUGCCUGAGGGAAUGCUGAUUUUGCACAGGCCAGAACUCUGCCACGAAGCGUGCUAGCAAUUUAAGGAAUGUAAUGAAGAAGAAGAAGAAAGCUUUGUUGAUAUCCAUAGUUUAAUUUUGGGGCAUUAAGGCACAGAAAGAUUUAAUCACUUGCCGAAAAGCAGACAGGAAGGCUGUGGCAAGGGAAGGAACUGAACUCAGCACUCCCCAGGGCCCUUACCACAAGACUGUUUGGUGGUUUUUUUCUGAGGCUAGGUUCAUCUCUGUUUUUUCAGUGUAAUUGAGUGCAGAAAGUAUUCACAAUUGCUGUUUUUAAACAUGGUCUAUUACAGAAUUAUCUGAGCCAGUGUCUUAAAAGUGAGACUAUAUUUUCCAAUGUACAGAUUACUUAAGCAGCGGAGGAAUUUGUGUCAUACAUACCUGGAGAUGCAGAACACUGCAGUGAUGCAUAGCUUUUUGAAGGACUUUUAUCUUCUUACUAGUUUUUAACUGCAGAGUGGCCCUUGGAAGGUAAUCAGAGGGACAACUCCAUGUUAGCAAAGCAUAGCUGAGCCAUUUUUAAACACGGAGGAAAUAGCUGAAAGUUUCUCUGUGCAAAUACAGGAAAUAUCCACUAAAUUAUUUACUUAUCCCCUGAUCCCACUUUUGUUUUCUGUCAAGUAUCAAGAGCAAUGAGUGCAGCACCUGACUGCAAGUUAUUAACACUUGUGGGAAUUAUUUUCUGCAACUUAGAUGAUCUCUUCUACUCCACUGUCAUGAGACCUCCCUGCAGUACUGCAUCCAGCUCUGGGGCCCCCAACAUAAGAAGGGCACAGAGGUGUUGGAGCAAGUCCAGAGGAAGCCACAAAGAUGAUCAGAGGGCUGGAGCACUUCUCCUACGAAGACAGGCUGAGAGAGCUGGGGUUGCUCAACCAGAAGAGAGGGCCCUGGGGAGACCUUAUAGCUGCCUGCCAGUACCUAAAGGGGGCCUGCAAGGAAGCUGGAGAGGGACUUGUUGCAAGGGCAUGGAGUGAUAGGACAAGAUGGGAUGGCUUUAAUCUGAAAGAGGGUAGAUUUAGAUUAGAUAUCAGGAAGGAAUGCUUUGCUGUGAGGGUGUGAGUCACUGGCACAGGCUGCCCAGAGCAGCUGUGGCUGCCCCAUCCCUGGCAGUGCUCAAGACCAGGUUGGAUGGGGCUUUAGGCAACCUGGUCUAGUGGAAGAUGUCCCUGCCCACGGCAGGGGGUUUGGAACUACUUGAUUUUUAAAGUCCCUUCCAACCCAAACCAUCUGAUGAUUCUUAUACCCCUGAAAACGACAUUUCUCACCACUGCAAAGGGGUGAAGUGCUAGGAAGUAAACCCUAAAGCACCUUUCAGUGCAGAGGUGUGGGAUGUGCUGCCUGAAAGCAACAUGUAGCUGCAACUCAGUUAACUUGGAAAACUCAAGCAAUUAAAAUGUUAGUGCCUAAUAUCUAAUAAUAUCAAGAAAGUAGUAUGGUAGUUUCUCUUCUUUGUCUCACAGUUCCACUCUGUGCCAUUUUCACAGCCAGCUUGAAGCCUGGCACUUGUAUAGUGAGGAUUAAGCACUACUUGGCUGAAAUGGUCAAAAGGCCACGGAAAGGAACUCAAGACAGAAUACCUGUGACUUCUCUCACUCACAUAAAUACAAUCUGAAGGCUGAAAAAGAGACCUGAACGUGAUUUUGCAAAUUUGAUAAAGACCAUGAAAACAACAGAGGGUCUUGACAUGAGGCUUCUGGUGCCAUCCCUGCUGCUCAGCACCCUUAAACACACUCAGCCAAGCAAUGUCUUUCACAUGAAGUUAAGGUCCAGGGAUGUUGCCUUAGCAGUGCAUUGUUGCAUUAGUAGUUGCCAGGCAGGCAGCUACACUGAAUGCUGUCCUUAACAGAGUCAUUUAAAAGGUACUGUUGGUGCCACCACAGCUUAUUGUGGAACAGAAGUUUUGUCUUCCCCAUUCUACCUAAUAAGAGAUUUGUUAUCAUCAAGUCUCUGUUGUGUCUGUUUCCCAGUCUUUCUGUUUUCUUUCUCCAUUAAACAUUGUGUUUCAGAUUGAACAAGGAAACCUGUUCUUUUCCAUCCAAGAGAAGCAUCUCCAUGAAUUUCCACUCAUAUUUUCCAGCAUAUUUUUAUGGGAUUCAGUCUCUCAGCUAUUUUUCUCUUCCAAGUGUCUCUAAAUAAUAAGUUGUAAUCCUGGCAUUUCUGAAUUCCCAGUGUGGGUCCCUUUAUAAAUUAGUAAGAGUAAAAUUACCCAAAUCCUAAUAUGAAAGAAAAUUGGCCUCCUUCUUAAAACUAUUGUUGUAUCACAAUGGUGCUGAGAGGCACAAGCCGGUAAUGGCACUGCAUUGUUACCAGACACUGAGCAGAAAUAGUAGGAGAUCAGUCAGACCUUGAAAAAUGUACGAUCUCAGUGAAUAACUCAGAGGCAGAAAGAAGAAAAAAGUGACUUAAUGAGUAUCACACAGUAGGCAAUAGCAGGGCCAGAGCAGUACCAUCAAGUUCAUCUCUAGUGCCAUAUGACUGCACACUUGAACCCUAAUCCACUGUCAGUCUGCAGUAGCUGGAUAAACAGCCAUGUUUGCUUUGGUGUCACACUCCUGGUCUGCUGUAUUCCUGCCUUUGAAGCCUUGGAGCUUCAGUUCUGCAGGCAGUGUUUGUAAACCCAGAGUGUCCAGAGACACCAUGGUGUAAACACAACUAGGUUGCACCAUUUGGUUAAAGAAUAUCAGUAUAUACUUCAGCUCUGUCCCCAAAAGUAUUAAAAAUACCUUGAUCUCAUCUCCUACUCUGGUAAGCCUUUCCUCUGACUACCUUUAAAUAAAUCUAACAAACUCUCCUCAAAACAAAUUCCCCUUUCCGUCCUUCAGUGGAACAUGCAACACCAACACAAGCAAGAAUGCAAUCAAUGGAAUCUACCAGAGGCAGCACUGGGUGGGUUUUAUUGUCCUCAUGCCUAUGUUCAAAAGGGCCCUCUAGUAUUUGCCAUUCCAUAGGACCCUGCAUGACAAACAGCCUGUUUUGUCCUGUCUUGAUUCUGCCAGAUCCUAGUCCUGCUACCAAAGUUAAGGAACAAAGAGAAGGACCAGUUUCACCUGUGCUGUUGGGGCACUGCUGCCUCUCAGCAUGAUUCCCGGACAAAGUGGAGAGAAUUGAGUUUUGUCAUUCAAAUCAGGAAGGAAUGAGUCCAAAUCAGCACUAGGUCAUAUGAAAAAGAGACAAAGGAGAAGAAGAGCUGGGACUAGUCUUGAGGCUGGGGAGAGUCCUGAAGAGCUGGCCUUCCUGCUCCCAGUGCUGCUGGAGGGAUCUGGGCAGGUAUGGUCCCAACCCUACACACUGUGAGCCCUUUCUGAUGUCUGGCUCCCAGUGGCAUUAUUUCUAUUUUGUUGCUUCCAGGACACUUCUGAGCUCAGGAUCACAGACAGUCAAGUCUUCAUUGCCACCAUGCUACAGUUACACAGAACUGUAGAGUCUUAAGCGAUUCAAUCUGUUCACUGGCUUUUUGGUGUGCAAGCGGCUGCAAUGCAUUGCUUCCCAGUUCAUCCUUCCCUUUAGCCAUGCUCUUGCAUGUCUUGCAUGUCAUUGCAGUCUGCCUAGAGGUGCGCAGAGGAUGAAGAUACAAAGCUACUACACAAUGAUAUUCCUGUGAUGGUAGACUGCUGGGUGGUCCAUUCUACAAGUUGUAUGACUUUUUCCCAUGGUCUUAAUGACACAGAGGAACCAUGAAGUGCAGGACCAAAAUGCAAAGGAAAGGAAAAUUCAGUGGAGUUUGCUACCAAAAACUACUGAAUAAACGGUUGGAAAAUUACGUGAACUGCAAGCAAGUGUCCCCUCGUGAUUAUUGAUGCAAUAUCCAGCAUAACAGGAUAUGAAUUUGUCUUUGAAACCUUGAAAAUGAGAGGGUUAGCGCUGUUCAUACUACUAUUAAACUGAGAUCUGGGAACACUGUCACCGUGUUAAGUGUGAGCAGGUUUCCAUCGUCAAAUUCCACACCACGGGCAAUACAUUUUGUUUGUCUCUUUUCCUGACAUAAUAGUAGUUUUCAUAUUAUGUUAGCACCUUUGGUGCCAUUUCCUUUCCACUCGCAGUGAAUUAGUGUCUGUCUUCUUACGCCUUUGAAAGAAAAACCUAUAAUACGCUUCAUACUUGGAUGUUGAAUUAACCUUUUCAUAUCGCAUUACCAUCUUUCCCUUUCCACCUCAUGCUAUGUUUCUGCUUUGUCUUGUUUUCAUAUUGCUUCUCAAAUUAGUGCCUUUCAUUUCAUAUUUGUGAACUCUGGGGAAAAAAAAAUUUAAAAAAAUUAUCCCUCAGAGGGCAGCCUAUUGCCCAGUUGAAAAGAGCUGGCUUGUCCUGUCAGGGACAUGACACAGCUUUACUCCACAUGCAACUGUUCUCACAGCUUACAUCUUGUCCUCUCUUUUUCACCAAUGCAGAAUAAGUAUCAAUGGUUACCAGCUACAAAAGCUGAUGGCAUCACUGUUUAAUACAUGUGAGCUUCUGGCUUUAGUUCCAUGAUAUACUUACUAGUCCUAGUGUGGAAGCUGUACAAGUUUUUGUUUCCUCACAUCUCAAUCGCUGGUCAUUCAUUUAGUGUUAAACUGCUAUUUACUCUCACCUCAAACUGCCAGUAGCACUGAACAGCUCUUAAAAGUGAAGAAUAAAGGUGAUAUAAAAAGUCUUAAAAUCAUCUUUCAGUCCUGCGCAUACAAGGUGUUCUUGUGUUUGGGGUCGAUUUUCUGCUCUGGGGUCAAACACUCUGGAAUAACAGCUGCAAGUCCGGUUUUCCUGGUGAGUCUCUAAUUGCUACGGUGGAGAGCUGUACUCACUUUGACUGCAUUAACUAGCAGUAUUAUAUGUAAAAAUGUUUUUAGUGAAAGAGCAAAAUUUCUUGAUCCAAGCUGGAUUCUUCAAGGGGGCAGCUACCUUCAGUUACUGUAGGGGGAAGUUAGGGAGGCUGGUGUCCCUAGACCAAAUUUAGACUUUGUAAAUAACCCCUCAGGCAAUAACAUGCAAGUCAGUGCAGACAUCCAGAAGAAAACAAUUUACAAAUUACUAUGCUUGAGGUUGCAAAUACCAGCUUAAACAAGAUUUGGUUGUUGAAAACAUAAAACUUCAUGAGCAGACUCUUGAGAAUUCAACUUAAAUGCUGAUUCUGGUUUUCAUAAAUGGAGGUGAAAGCUAGAAGCUCAGCUAGAGGUCUCAGCUCAAAAAUGAGCUUCCAAAAGUAAGACUGCAGAGACAGCCUAAUAGUUAAAUGGUAGGAAGUUGUAGGAAUUCCUGGAGAAUAUGAUGAAAUUAUCUCCUCCAAGGAGUUUGAAAAAGGUGGCAUUUGUUAAUGAAAAAACUUUAGUGUGCAUCAGACUUGUUUUGAAGUAAGGAGAAAGCACCCAAAAGGGACUGCCCAAGUAGACUGUUUGCAGUCCUCUACUCAGCCUGAAAUCUCAGAGUCUUCACAGAAGAAAAGAUCUGGACAGAGCAGCUGGAGAUAAACUGGAACAGCAAAGCCGUUCUGCUUUUCUAAAUGACACAUGACUCUUUUUGAGAGACGUGAAUUCUGUGCUGAUAGGGACAUAGAUUCAUAGCCCUCUCUAGAUAUCAGGAGAUAUCAAUGAUUGACAAAUGAUACCAAACCCAACUCAAUAUUCCUAGCUGAAAGAGCUCCAAACAUUGAGACAUCUUAUCUCUGCAAAUUGAACUACCAUGUACUGGCAAACUGGUAAUUCAGAAUAACUCCCUUGUUCCUACAGAUUAAGGAUACUUCCCCCCCACACCCCACAAGUGGAAAGUAAGAAUAAAGUUGAAGGAUGUUCUACCUUGGUAGCAUCAAGUAAUUACUCAACCCAUACCCUGCUUUACAUCAACAAUAGGAACUUGCUUUAUAUAUAUGUAUAUAUUUACAACAAAUAUGUAUAUAUGAUUUCAUGGUGAGUUCAUUUUUCAUUCAAAGUUUCAUAUAACCUGUCAGAAGUGAAUACAUAGCAACUUUAUUCUUCCAUCUCUCUAAUUUAAAGAAGACUUUCUUAAACUGAAGCAAAAUUUCACAAAACAAUUCUAAACUACGGUCCCCAAAAAUUGGGUCUGCCAAGAUGUAUAAACUUUGACCAUGCUUUGUUUGUAAACAGAUAAUCUAGAUUGAUCUGACGUGCAGAAAGAUAAUGCUGGGUACAACUUGCUGUUGUUAAACGACAUAUGAAUAAUGCACUGGAUUUGGGAUCAGUCAGCUCUUCUGGUUUUAAUCAUUUAUUUUCUUUUCUUCCAUUUCGUAACCGAACUGUUGAUGUAAUCCUACCCCAUGUGAAUGCUAAGAUCAGAGUUUCACAAUAAAUGAGAUGCCAUCUAAACCAGCAUGAAAUAGCCACACAGUGUAAUCUAAGGUGCCCACAAAAAUUGGAAGAGGAUUAGGCUUCUGAUGUAGUCAGUGGGGUCUCGAGGGAGUUAUUAAAUUCUCAGCAAAAGGUUUUAAUCUUGCCUCUGGUUUCUCUUUGCUUGCCUGAAGAAAUUGAAUGCCUUAUUUCAGUAGUGAGAGGAUGGACCAUGCAACAAGUGGGAAAGCAGGAGAUCUGGCUUGGUUUGAGUGACAUCAGGCUGCCUGAACUGAGCCUUCUGUCAUGCUUUCACCAAGAAAGGACAAAAAGAAACAUUAGGUAAGCUGAUCACGUAGCACAGAUCAGGAAACUUUCCAAAGGUUUUUCUUUAUCAGCAUUUUAAGCUUUGUCUGAGUGCUAACAAUCCGUUAAAACAGUUACUUCCCAUCUAAUGACUGCACCUUGAGAAUCUAUUUCUUAGAUAAAUGUGUGUACCCAGGAUAAGAACAAAACUCACGGGCAACAUCUGUACUAGGGAACUAAACAGAGCCACUUUGUCUUCAAAACUGAUGACCUUGCUGGGAAUGGUUCUGGGCCAAUUUUAGCUGACCUGAACCUUGGAAUGACUUAGAAAAGUUGUAGCUGGCCCAGCCCAAAACAGUGCUGACAACUGCUCCACGAAUUUAACAAGGUGAACAGUCGAAUUCCAGAACCUUUGUGGUGCUGGCAUUAUUUAAUUUACCAAUAUCAUGGUUUUGUGUGCACUAUAUUGGUAUAAUUGUCAGAAUGCAGCAAUCUUCUGCUUCCUGUCACAGGAAUUACUGUGUCUUUUGUGGACUCUAGCAGACAGUUCUUCCCAAAUUGGGAUCAAAUGGUAAACUCUCUCUCUUGAAAAGACUACACUGAUUUGAUCAAGCUAUUUAAGACUCACUCUCAUUACUAGCCAUGUUUUUGAGACACCAUAUCUCUCCUUUUUUAGCCUUUUCUUAUAGAACAACUUCCUUUUAUAAUUAAUAUCAUAUAUACUCUACCUUCCUAGACUAAACUGAUACUUGCUUAUACAGGCAAGCCUUGAGAAGCAUUGCAACAACCAGCCACAUUCAGUUGAAUAUCUGCUACCAAGGAACAUUCAGGGAAGGACAUCUGCACUGAACAUCUAAUGAGUAGAUGCUUGAUUUCUUGGGUUCGGUGGUAUAUUUAUUUGAAAACUGUAUGAGACUUUGAAUGAGACCACAAAGGGGCACUGGAAUAAGUUGUCAGUGGAGGAGCUCCACCUGUGGUGGAGUCUCCAUCCCUGGAGAUAUACAAACCCUCAGAUACAGCCUUGCACAAUCCUGUAGCUGAUCCUUUUCUGAGCAGGAGGCUUGGACUAGAUGAACUUCAGAGGUGCUUUCCAGCCUCAGUGAUUCUGUAAGGACUUCAUGUGCUCUUUUCAUUGGAUCAAGGUUUGGAACAUUGGUCUCUUUUCACCCAGAUAAGAGUCAAAGUCCCUUUUGCCUGUUUUUUCUUCCCCUCUACCCAUAACUUGUGCUUUGCUAGCUGCCCAGUUUAAACAGCAGUCUCACAAACUUUUUGUCUUAUCUGUUCAGAUUUUUCAGGCCAGCAAUUUCUGUCACUGAAUCAGAAUUUUAUAAGCUCUGGGGAAGAACUGUUCCAUCUCCUAGUACUUAUCUAUGCCAUGAAUACAUGCAGACUCCUUUGUGCUUCUACUGACUUUGGAGUGACUUGGAUGGGCUGGGGGAAUUUUUCAGAAACACUUGAGCUGACUACACACAAGCCAGACCCAGUCAAGAAGUAGCUUAGCGCAGGGAAGUGGUUUCUGAGGAUGGGAAUCAUUAGGUUGUAGCAUCUCCUGAAAUCUCCAUUCUGAUAAUGGUAUGAACUACAGUGUUUGUUCUCUGAUGGAAAAAUAGACAUUCCCUUUCUGCUCUCCUCCUCUGUAUCUUGCCUACAUUUAGCUCCUAGCAGCGGGAUUUGGGAACUAGAGCAUUGUGUGGGCUAAUGAAGCCACCUAACUCUUGGUAGUACUCAAUCUCCUUUAAAAAUAAGGUUUGUGUCUGUGUCAGCGUAACACCCAGCAUGCUGCCAGUGGGGAAUCCUGAUGUGGGGCCAUGGUCCCAGAGAAAGGGAUUUUGUUUCUCUGAGGUGAUAACUAUACCCUGAGCAGCACCUCUGUGAGACUGAUUCCCUUUGAAGCUGUAGCUAGUGGCCAAUACUGAACCACCAUUACCCCUGCAGAGGGAUUAUUUAUUUUUUUUUAAUGCCGUAGCUGUCCAUUGCAAAAUAUAUCAACUUUUGGAGCAAGGACUCCCUUCAGCACCACACUAGUCUGAUACCAUCUGGUUUUUCUCCCUCCAAUCUUGUGACUUGAGUGUGGAGCGAUCCAGCUUCAAGUCGAGAGGAAAGCAUCUCCCUGUUAUGUCAUUCUCCUCAUCUCAAAGCAUCUAUAACCUGCAGAAUGAAGCCCUCUUACAAGAAAAACAUGUACCUGAGUCUGUGAAACAGAGGAGGAAACUGAUUUCUCCAUUUCAUAGAGGAUGGCUAAGCUUUUAGGACAAAGUUGCCUUGAGAAGGCUGUGAGUGCUGCUGAGCCCUGGGCUGCAUGUGUGUACUUGGUUGCUGAAUUAAACUCCUCGAAGUCUUCAGUGCUGGGAUCCCUGGUGUGUAAAUCCCAGGCAGCUUCAGCAGGGAAAAAGCACAGAGGCAUUCAGCAAAGCUGAGGUGGCAGCAUACCUGUGCAUGGCUAGAGUUGCUUUCUGGUGAAACUCAAAGCAUUUAAAAUCUCUCAGUUUCCCAGAGAUUUCAGAAUUUAGGCUGCUACUGCUAUACUGAAGCACCUAUAUUCCACUUAGAUUGCACACAUGCUCUUGGGGAUCUUAAAAUUCCCUAUGUCUGAACAGAGUAAAAUAGGCCAAGCAGAGAAUGAUGCUAAUGGAGCUUAGCAUAUCCAGGUACUGGAAUUAAAUAAUGUAGUAUAUAUCUGCUCUUCAACGUGCUGGCUGUGCUUCAGUGUGCCCAGGCUAAAAGUCAAGUUAAUGGCAUUGCAACUACAGAGCUGUAACUUGCAUGCACCAAACCCAAACCCUGCAUAUGUAAAUUGAUAGAUAAGCCUGUAACACGUAUUUGGGGGCUGGAGCAAAAUUUGGCAUUGUUUAUAAAGACCAAGAGAGCAUUAUGAUGAUUUUUAGGCUCAGGUAUUGGAUAUGAGGUGUUGCUCUGGUUGCUUGCCAAGUAAAACACUGGUGUGUCACUGGAGUGAACUCAGAGCUUGGUUCUGCUGUGGUGCUCUGCAGCUGUGCACUCGGGGCUGAGCAUCCUCUAGCGCAGCUCUGGAAGUCCUGCCUUCAGUGGUGUGACUGUGACCCCUCCGAAGCCCUGCAGCAAACAGCUUUCCUCUGACACUUCAACACAGCAAUCCCCCACCCCAGCCUCGUAUUCCCCAUACUCAGCCAUAACGCUGGGAAACAAAACUCCCAACGUUCCUUCCCCUGCCUGAUCCCACAGCCUGGAUUUAUUUCCCAAGGCUGCUGAUGGUUGAACGACGAUUGUUUUUGCUCAGCGAUGGCGGUCUGAGGGGAUUUGCAUUGUGAAGUUUCUUGACAAGGCAAGGAGCAGAGCGGUGUGAGAGGAGGGGGUGGGUGGAGAGAUGCUCUGCCAGCCAGGCAGCCAGGCAGGCGGGAUCGCUCUGGCAGUGGCUCUGCCUAGCUUUCACUCUGCCUCCCCAGGGAGGGAGCCUUUCCCUCACUCCAGGCUUCUCCCCUGCCACAUGAGAGGGAGGGAGAGAGGAGAAAGCAGGAGGGUCCCUUCACACUGACAGCACCCAACUGCCUGGCUCACAUCUGCAGCAGGCAAACCAUGAGGAAGAGUCUCUUUGCCCCUACAGUCACUUCGCCUUUGAUUUAAAACCUUCACCCACUUCCACAAAGGACAAUGGAGGAGCAAUACGUUUCCAAACUCCACCCCAUAGUGGAUUAUGGAGCUGGGGUCUUUCUUCUGAUCAUAGCCAUCCUGACAAUCCUUGGAAAUUCAGCUGUCCUUGCUACAGCUGUGAAACGCUCUUCCCUCCUGAAGUCACCGGAGCUGCUUACAGUUAACUUGGCAGUAGCAGAUAUUGGAAUGGCAAUCAGCAUGUAUCCACUGGCCAUUGCAUCCGCCUGGAACCAUGCUUGGCUGGGAGGAGAUGCAUCCUGCAUAUAUUAUGCUCUGAUGGGUUUCCUUUUUGGUGUCUGCAGCAUGAUGACCCUAUGUGCCAUGGCUGUGAUUCGAUUCCUUGUUACCAAUUCAUCCAAAUCUAACAGUAACAAAAUCACCAAGAACACUGUUCGCAUCUUGAUUACUUUCAUCUGGCUCUACUCCUUGCUCUGGGCCAUUCUGCCCUUGGUAGGCUGGGGCUACUAUGGCCCUGAGCCAUUUGGCAUCUCUUGUACAAUAGCCUGGAGCAAGUUCCACAGCUCCUCCAAUGGCUUUUCAUUCAUCCUGAGCAUGUUCCUCCUGUGCACAGUCCUGCCUGCACUGACCAUCGUUGCCUGUUACUUGGGAAUCGCCUGGAAGGUUCAUAAAGCAUACCAAGAGAUCCAGAAUAUUGACAGGAUCCCUAAUGCAGCUAAACUGGAGAAGAAGCUGACAUUGAUGGCCGUGCUCAUCUCAGUCGGGUUCCUGAGCUCAUGGACACCGUAUGCAGCAGCCAGCUUCUGGUCCAUAUUUAACUCCAGCGGUUCCCUACAGCCCAUUGUUACACUGCUGCCCUGUCUGUUUGCCAAAUCGUCAACAGCGUAUAACCCUUUUAUUUACUACAUCUUCAGCAAAACUUUCCGCUGUGAAAUUAAACAAUUGCAGCGUUGCUGUGGCUGGCGAGUUCAUUUCUUCAGCACCGACAACUCUGCUGAAAAUCCCGUGUCGAUGAUGUGGAGUGGGAGAGACAACGUACGUCUCUCUGCAGCUGCGAAGGUGGAGAACCAGGCUGCUGCAAGUCGCUGAAAUGCAGCGAUAGUUUCACGACGUAGGUCGAAGCUUGGCCUCACUCGUGGGUCCAAAUGCGUAGGCACGCAGCACAUGGGGUUGUCACUGCAUAUCUUAUGUCAAAUACAGAGGUUUAAGUAUAUAUUUUUACGCAACUUUCAAAUAUUGUCUUUAAACAGAAUAAUAAAAAACCCACUAUUUUUUCCCAAGAAUUUCCACUUUAGAGGAAAUAGAUAGAUCUAUGUACUAAACAUAAAAACAUGUAAACUAAACUUAUUUUCAGGGAUACAGCUAUAAUUAAGAGAGGAUUUAUUAUUUUAGGGGCUUUUUUUCUUAUACUUUUGACUUCUUAAUGCAAUCUACCUGCACACUCUUGGCUCUGUCAGUGAACCAGCCAUCAGAGGAAACGGCAGGUUGCACACAAAGUGUUACCAAACAAAUACAGCUGAGAGUGUAGCUUUCCAGUAAGGCAGACAGAAAACCAUAUGGGUAGCAUGAAAUAUUCACAGCCAGCAAAAGACAAUAAAGGGGCUGCUACCAAAAUAUCUUCGAGAUCUGCAGUUCCUUGCUCCACUGGGGGUAUAGUUCCAACUCCUCUAAACACAGGCUCAAAAGGGAGUCACGCAGCCUUAGUCUGAAGCGGUCAGUGGGAAUGCGGCAGUCGGCGAAUGAUGCCUCCUGCGUAUUACAAAUAGUGCAAUGAGAAGUGAAGGAAUUGCUUAGCAAAAGGAACUGUGAACUUACGCUGUCGCUUGCUGAGGUGUAACGGCUCUUCCACCGUGAAAGCUGUGGGAGCAUUUGUUUUCUGGAGCACUCUGUCCAGCAUGCCAAAAGACACCCCCAGGACAACCCGCCUGGCAGUAAGUAAGCCUGCAGAUGCAGUCCCCGCUCUCCUCGCUUCAGUGGCAGCUCCUGAGACACCGAGCUGCCCACGGGCUGGAGCACUGACAGCCGCAGCUGAGGACAGUUUACUGAUUCACUUUAAGGCAUACGUACUAACAGCAUCCUGCUAGCCAGCUUUAACCAAAUUUAUUUGGAGGUGGAAAUGAUAAGCCUCUACACUUUACAUCUCUAUCUCUGUGAUUUUAAAGGACAUAAACAUGUAUCUUUAGGGUUUCAGAUGCUGUACAAAAUAUGGCUCGAUAACCGCAGCAGUUCUUGCUUCCCCUGCUUGCUCAGCUGACCGCAUCUAUCUUGCAUUAGCUUUGGCGAAGGCAAGAAGACUUAGAUCACAGGCAGAUUUGGCAGAGAUUUUCAAAACAAUCUAAAACAAUAGCAAACGGACUUUGAGUUCUUGAAAACUUCUACCAUGCUCAAACCCUAAUAAUUAGUUUCAUUUUAUAAAGUACAGCUAAGGCCAAGAACAGGAUUAGAAAACAGGCUUAAAAACUUCUGUGGCUAUAAGAAUUUCUGUUACUAUGGCGUGUGAAUUACAAGAGAACAAACAAAAUGAGACAUGCGCUGUAACAUACGCAAAGGCAAAAAAUAAUCACUAAGUUGGGGGUUAGGAGACUUUUAGGAGCUUGUCUUCCCCAAACUCCUGCCACUGGCAGUGUCGCCGACUCUCAUAAAUAUUCCACUAGAUUAAACUAGGUUUAUUUGUAAAAAGUUGUGAAAAAAACCUAAAUUAAGUUGGCCUCCGCAGAUGCUCCAUGAGGAAUGAGACUGUGCUCAGUCUUCUCUCCCAAAUGCAAUGAGAUGAAGCAUCCUCUGGGAAAGUCACCUCUGACAGGAAAAUGGGAAAAGGGACGAGGAAUAUGGGGAGCAGGAGAAAACGCCAGUAACCAAGAGGGGAGCAUAUAAAAGCUGAAGGAAAACAUAUAGGGAGAAGAGGUGAGGCAGGGGAACGUUUUGCAAGCAUGUAAGUGGGGAGGGUGAGGACAUGGCAAAGGGAAAUGCAAAGGGGAUGGUAAUGUAAAACAAUCGACCGGUCAGAGGAGCGGGUCACUGAGCGGAGAAAAUAUUACCAUGCCAGAAAGGGACCUGUUAUGCUCAAUGUCAAUUAUCAGCAUUUUUUUCAUCUUUAAAAAAUAACCUGAUAGGAAAAUGGAACUGUCUUUUAACAGUUUUUGCUUUCACUUGUUCAGUUGCUUGAUGUUUAAAUAAACAGUAAAAUAUAUAUUCCCAUCUGCUAAUUGCAGAUUUGUGAAUGGAACAAUGACAGACACAUCAGUCAUGUAAUGUAACGUGAGCUUCCUCUGUGAAAAACUGAGGAGCAGAACAGGUCCACAUCCACUUGUAAAUGCUUGGAAAGUGUAUGUAAUAUGAAAAAUAUGCCACUCUACAAUACAGGCAAAAUCUCUGUAAAACCAAAAGAUCUGUAUAUUGUUACUGUCUCGGUAUAAUGCUUUAGUAGCCUGAUUUAUUAUCUGUUUAUGUACUUCCUCUUUAAAAAUCAAAGUCCAGGUGUUUGCCUCUACCAAAUAUGGCUCAAAUUUCUUUUUUGUUUUUCAGACUCGGUGAGAAGCAAAUCAAAACUUCCCCAGGACAAACUGAAUUGUAGAUGUUUUAUAUCAUAUACAGAAAAUUUGAAAAGCAGGGCUGCCCUUGACCAAAGAACUAGGAAAGCAAAUAUAGCAUUAACGUCAGGGGACUAGUUAUUUUUCCUUAAGUUUUGUGAAGUUAAUUUAUGGUCAAAUUAUAGCUCUCAUUUAAUGGUAUUUCCUACCGAGCCCCGGACUGUGCUGUCAACUGAGUGAUCUUCUAAGACACCAAAGCAGAA